AUGAAAAUAAAUCCUCCCCCUUCUGAUACUGAGGUUUCUGCACUUGAAAACAAAAAUCUGGGGCGUAUUACGCAAAUAAUCGGUCCGGUACUCGAUAUAGUUUUUCCACCAGGGAAGAUGCCUUAUAUUUACAACGCUCUGAUAGUUCAAGGUCGAGAUACGGUUGGCCAACAAAUUCGCGUAACUUGUGAAGUAAAGCGAUUAUUAGGAAAUAAUCGAGCUAGAGCUGUAGCUAUGAGUGCUACAGAUGGUCUAAAGAGAGGAAUGGAAGUGAUUGACACAGGAGCUUCUCUAAGUGUUCCAGUCGGCGGAGCAACCCUAGGUCGAAUUUUCAACGUGCUUGGAGAACCCAUAGAUAAUUUGGGUCCUGUAGAUACUCGCACAACAUCUCCUAUUCAUAGAUAUGCGCAUGCCUUUAUACAGUUAGAUACACAAUUAUCCAUUUUUGAAACAGGAAUUAAAGUAGUCGAUCUUUUAGCUCCUUAUCGCCGUGGCGGAAAAAUAGGACUUUUCUGUGGAGCUGGGGUAGGUAAAACAGUACUCAUUAUGGAAUUGAUCAAUAACAUUGCCAAAGCUCAUGGAGGUGUAUCUGUAUUUGGCGGAGUAGGUGAGCGUACUCGUGAGGGAAAUGAUCUUUAUAUGGAAAUGAAAGAAUCCGGAGUAAUUAAUGAAAAAAAUAUUGCGGAAUCAAAAGUCGCUUUAGUCUAUGGUCAAAUGAAUGAACCCCCCGGAGCUCGUAUGAGAGUUGGUUUAACUGCCCUAACUAUGGCAGAAUAUUUCCGAGAUGUCAAUGAGUAG